CAUAAAGAAACCUAUAGCUAGAAAUGAUUAUGAACAAGGCCUUAAAACUAAAUGAAACAUUUAACAAGAAAACAAGAAGGCAAAAGAAUAAUACAAAAGAGACAAAAUGCAAAACAAAACAAAAUGAGUAAACUGUUGGAACAAAAAGGAAGAAAAAAUGUUGUCCAACCACAAGUAGUAUGGCAUGCCACACACAAUUAUCAACAAAGCCUAUAUUUUGUGGCUCUCAUUUAAUUUCCAAACUCCUCUAGUGUCUACAAAGCUCUAUGAACCAAAAACCAUCAAACUUCUCAGCCAAAAACUCUGCUGCAAACCCAUCUUUUUAGUUUCUAAUAACAGCCAUCCACCAUGAAUGACACAGUGGAUAAACUCGUAAUCUUCUUAGCCAAAAGAGAUGGCAUAGACAAGCUUGUGAAGACCUUCCAAUAUGUCUCCAAAUUGGUUCACUGGCACCUUGAAACCUCUCAUCCAGACAAAGCAACCAGAGCCAAGAACUGGGAAGUUGCUUCGGGGAUUAGUCGAAAAGCCUUUCGAACCGGGCGUUUCCUGACUGGCUUCAAUGCCCUCCGACGCUCCCCUGGAUCAACUCCGACGUUUCAGUUCCUGGCUGUUCUUGCUAAUGCAGGUGAAAUGGUUUACUUCUUCUUUGACCACUUGCUUUGGCUGUCAAGAAUUGGGACACUUGAUGCGAAGUUAGCCAAAAAGAUGAGCUUUAUAUCAGCCUUUGGUGAGUCUUUUGGAUACAUAUUCUUCAUAGUUGCUGAUGUUAUUAUGCUUAAACGAGGGAUUGAGGCAGAGAGGAAGCUGAGAAGUUCUAAAGAGGAUUCAAAAGAGGAUUCAAAAGAGGAAAGUAUUAACAAAAUCAAAAGUGAUAGAAUUAUGAGGCUUAUGGCAGUGGCAGCUAAUGUUGCAGAUUUGAUUAUUGGGUUGGCUGAGAUUGAGCCUAAUCCAUUUUGCAACCAUACAAUCACCCUUGGGAUAAGUGGGCUGGUCUCUGCUUGGGCUGGUUGGUACAGAAAUUGGCCAUCUUAGAAUCAAAACGUUAAGUUACAUUUUGCAUCUUCCUAUGUUUCAUCAACCAUUAUGUCCAUUUCAUCUAUAUACUUUCAAAGGUUUUAUUAUAUUCCUUUUUUAUCUUUACCUCAAAA